GCCAUAAAGCAUGAAGGGAACAGUAAGCCAGGCCAGUGGAAACAUUCCAGAGUUGAAAAUCCUCUCUGGAAUAAGCUCACCUACAUGUGGCCGGUCCUUCCCAGCGGCCGACUUAAUGAGGAGUUUGAUUGGCCAAUAGAAGGACUGCUUGUUCCAAACAGCCCUCCCCUGAAGAAACCCAUCUGGAAGACACCGGAGCCAUGCGUGCCCUUGAGACUCAGAGUUUUGCGGAAUGGAGACAAGAAUAAAAACAGAGCCCUUAUUGUAACCAGUCCAGACAUCUCACCUGGGCGGAAAAUGCAGUGCACUGAGACUUUAAAUUUACCUUCUGCAGCUCGGAGGUUGUUCAGUGAAGAAGGUCAGGAAGUCUUUGCCCUGAAAGACCUUCGGAGAGAUGAACUGGUGUAUGUUUCAUGUGGAGAACGUUGGAUCAGUCCUGAGCUAUCCAUUGCUCAGCAAAAGAGGCAAAUCUUCCUGAGGAACUUGGCAUCAGAUGUUUCCAAAAUUCAAACCUUCUGCAGGACACGUAAGACAGAGGCUCUUGUUUUAGAAGUCCAGAGUGACAUUGUUUCUGGAGCCAAGCUUGCUGUGCAGAAACCUGUAGCAGUUUUUGGAGAAGAGAAGCAAAUUAGAGAACCAGCAGAAAAGCAAAUGCAAAAAAAUGCUGUAACAAUGGAAAAUGCUUCCAGCACAAUUCUGGAUUCGCACGCGAGAGCCCAUCUCCAAGUGGAGGCCCGUCACCCCCUUGUCAGGUACGCCUGGCAGGAAACCUCGCGUAGCUGUGGCGAGCAUGACGGUCCUCCAAAGAAAAGGGAAGAAGAGCUCUUUGACAGUGUAGAACCACAGAAGAAACACAGCCGUUCUCCAAGGCAGAGUCAACUGCAGAGGCUUUGCCACCAGCAGUUUGAAUACAGAGACGGGCGAAUUAUAAGCCAGGCGGCUCCUCAGCUAGUCGUGGGGGUGCAAGGUCCUGACCUACAUGCAGGCAUGGAGGUGGUCUUGGUGGAGAAAAAAGCGGAUGAUAGUCGUCAACGCUGGAUGCACAAGGAAGACAGCAGGACCUUUCACCUGGUGAGAGACCCGGAGCUGGUGCUGGCAGUGUCGAUGACCAGCGCUGGGAGAGACCUCUGUGGCUAUCCAGUUAUUGUGCAGAAGUAUAAACCAUAUAAGAACGGGGCUUCCAAUCAGAAGUGGAAGUACGUGGAAAGGACGAAAGCUCUCGUGGCCUUUCAUAGCACUCCCCUGGACAAGGAGACCACAGCGGCACAUUAUGCUGGUGUCUGCACAUCCUCUGUGAUCAAAGGGGAAAACGUCCAUCAGCCAGGAUACUAUUAUCUCUCAUCCGCUGGAAAGAAAAAAAUGAUGCUCUGCUUGGCAUGUGGACAAUCCAGGCAAGCAGAGAAGGGACUGAAACAGUUGCUUCCUGGGCUGCCGUUCCUCUGUGCCUCAGGAUCCCAGACCCAGAAGCCCUUCUCACGAGGGCCUUUCAAGGUCAUCAAGGUGGCUGAGGCUGAUUUAUCUUCUUACGAGGCUGAGAAAACUCUAAGUUAUUAUGAAGACCGUCUAUUAUCUUUACGGAUGAAGACCCGCACACAAGUGGUAUCUCAUAGUGGUAUGGCAGCUACGCACCAGAAGGCACUGAAAAUAAUUGCAUACAAAAACGGAGAUGGAUAUCGAAAUGGGAAGUUAAUUGUGGCUGGAACAUUCCCCAUGCUUCUUACAGAAUGCACGGAACGGCUCGGUCUUGCCAGAGCAGCCUCCAAAGUGUUCACCCAAGACGGAACUGCAGUCCAUUCCUUGCUCGAUUUGAUUUUAUGGGCUCUCGACAAACCUUUUAUCCAGAGAGACUCUGAGGAACCCAAGGAAGAGGCAGUCCCUGUUGGAACAGAAGAGACAGCAGUUAAAAAAAACCCAAGAAUGAAAGUGAAAACCAAGUUGUUUCCCCCGUCUGUGCCAUCCGAUAUUGUGGACAGUGUAGAUAAGUCUUCCCUCGCUCUCGUCCUCAGAGAUCCUAUUGCCGUCUGGGUGUCUUGUGGGGAACCAUUUCUAUCUCCGAGCGCUUUGCAGAAAGCAGAAAAACUAGAAAAACAGAACUGGCUAAAAAAGGACAAAAUUUUGGCUGAUCUAGACACCAUGAAACACAGAAUGAGACAGUUAAGAGGGCGGCGAGAAGCAGCAUGUCAGCCGGCCACCAUGGUUCCCAACAGAAGCCCUGUGCGGCCGGUGGUGGUGGAAGGAGGCUGGGCUGAGCAGACUCAAGAGGAAAUUAAACUCAUGGAACUUAUAAGACAUUCAGAGGCACACCUUUCUGAAGUCCAGGAACUGCAACACGAGACAAAUCCUCCAAUUGCAACUACACGUGUGGCACUCAAGCAGAGCCGCCUGUAUAAGCAACCCAACGCCAAACGAGUAUGGCUCUAUCUGAAUGGGGGCAGACCCGAAGACGGCACUUAUGCCUGGGGCAGAACUAUUCCAGAGCUGCUGGAUGACUGCUCCUCUCGCCUCAGAACGGCCCAGCCAGCCAGGACACUGUACACCCCAGACGGAGAGCCACUUCACUCGUGGGACGACAUAAAGCGAGACAUGGUCAUCUGUGUGUCCACAGGACACGGCUUUAUCACCCAAGAAGAGCUAAAGCAACGGAUGGAGGUCAGAGCAAAUUAUGCCAGAAUCCGAAGGCAGCAUGGCCCUCAAGCCACAGACGUUGUGGUGUUGCCGUCGGCGAAGCUGCCCUCUCCGGAAAGAAAACUUUCUUCACCUACUUGUAAACAGAAGACUGUGACAGAAAGGCCAAUUAUUUAGAUUGCUGAAGACUGAAUUUAAGAAAAUCCACUUCUAUAAAAAAAAGUCUGUGUAGUUUAUUUAAAAUUUUAUUGCUAAAAUUUAUCCUUCAAAAUAACUGGGUUUUUCAUGGGCAGAUUUUGAAGAAUUACCAACAGUGAUAAAUCAGCUACAGAUUAUCUGUAAAUUCAUAACAAGACACAGCAUAAUCAAGGGCCAUGUCUCUGCGUUUCAUUUCCGUCAGCUGUUCAGGAGCUGCAAUCCUCAGAGUCAAGUCAAAUCCAGCUACAGUGGGAUAGUCCCUUCUGCCUUUCAGAGGGAAGAAUCACUUCUCAAAAUCGUGCAAAUGAAAUAAACGUCGUGGUUUAAACUUGGCAUCUUGUAGUCUUAAAAUGUAUCUUUCAUGAUUUUACAUUUUGGUUUCAAAUGCCAGGUUUGAAGAAACAUCCAAAAAUUAUGAGAAGUUACUUAUAAAUGAAUUGACAACAUUCAAAACAUUAAAAGACUAUUGUAAAGGAGUUCUCAAACAAUUUGGUUCAUAUACUCCUUUGAGAAUCUUUUGAAA